AUGUUUCUGGAAAAUCCCAUUCGAGAUCAGAAAUGGGCAGAUUCCAGUAGGCCAGGGAAUGAGAGGAAAGCGCAGUGGGAAAGGUCGUCCCGGGCUGGCCUGCAGUUCCCGGUGGGCCGUGUUCACAGGCUCCUGAGAAAGGGUAACUAUGCUGAGCGUGUGGGUGCCGGAGCGCCGGUCUAUCUGGCUGCGGUGCUGGAGUAUCUGACGGCUGAAAUCCUGGAGCUGGCCGGCAACGCGGCCCGGGACAACAAGAAGACCCGCAUCAUCCCCAGGCACCUGCAGCUGGCCGUGCGCAACGACGAGGAGCUCAACAAGCUGCUGGGAGGGGUGACCAUCGCUCAGGGCGGGGUGCUGCCUAAUAUCCAGGCCGUGCUGCUGCCCAAGAAAACCGCCGCUGGGGGCGCCGCUAAAAAGUGAAGAGAAUAUUCUUGAAUCUGACAACCCAAGUUCAUUUUUAAGAGCUACUCACAGCAUUUGUGAAAGGAGCUGCACUUUCAUCUCUGUCGGAUUUAUUUUACUUUUAAUGUGGAAAAGCCUGAACUUUGAACCUACCAUCAGUCAAUUACUAUCGCCUUGUUAUGGAAUACUUUGAAUACUCUGGCAACAUCCUUGUAUAUCUUUUCUGAACCCUUUCAAGUUUCACAACAUCUUUCUGAUAGGAAGGAGACCAGAAUUGCACACAAUGUUCCAACAGUGCGUUAACCAAUACAGCCGCAACAUAGUCUCCCAACUCCUGUGCAUAACUCUGACCAAUAAACGAAAGCAUACCAAACGCCGCCUUCACUAUUCUAUCUACCUGUGACUCCACUUUCAAGGAGCUAUGAACCUGCACUCCAAGGUCUCUUUGUUCAGCAACACUCCCUAGGACCUUACCGUUAAGUGUAUAAGUCCUGCUAAGCUUUGGUUUCCCAAAAUGCAGCAUCUCCCUCUUGCUUCUGGUCCUCUCUCUUCUUUUGUCUCUCUU